UCUAGUACUACUAACCCAGUUGCGGAGGUUUAUUACCAGCUCAGACAAGUAUGGAGCUCACAGUGCUGGAAGAGUGAGACUAUUGGUCAGCUACAGUCAAACACCAAUCUGUGAGCUUUUUCUUUACAAAAACAUUCAAAUAAUCAAAUCCUUUGCUCUCUUUUUUGAAUUAUUGAAUUGUUUUUGUGUAAUUAAUAAUAAAAAUGAGAAAAAGUUGAUGCAGUUGGUGUAUAUUACACUCUACCCCCAAAUCAGCUGAUUAUUAGUUCUACCAAGUACCUCUUUUUCAUUUUCCAAAUCUGGGUACUUUACAAAAUUCCUCCUUUUCUAGUUAAAUCUUACUUAAUUUUUAUAUCAAUUCUUUACUUGCUUAGGAUCUACUGAUGUUUCUCAAUCUUGUGGGGAGGUUCAAAGUUUCAUAGAUUUUGUCAAAAUUCUUCUUCAUUUUACAGUUUGUGAUCCUGCUGCUAUUUAAUUGGAAUUCUGAAAAUGGCAAUAUCCAAGUUUGGUAAGAAUAUGAAAAGACCAUAUGGGUUUUGUGUGAAGAUGACAGCAGUAGCAUUACUGGGUCUUUGUUUUAUCUUCAUUUGGUCUACAUUUUCAUCAUCUUCUAAUUCUUUAACUUAUCAAAGAGAUAGUUUUGGUGAUAUUGCUGAACCUGCUGUAGCUAAUUACAAGCUAAGUUCUAAGAUUCAUCCUAAGAAGAGUAAACAUGAUGAUGGUGUUGGUAAUAAACAAGAGAAAGUGAAGUCUGUUUGGGGUGACAAAGAUAAGAAAAAGGACCAGAAAGUUGUACCUGUGAUUACCCAUCACAAAGGGAAGGAGAAAGAUAAGAAAAAAGUUGUAGAGGUGAUUAAGCCGAAAGAACAAGUUUCGGCGGCUUCGAAUAGUACUAUUGAGGUGGAGAAAUCGGACGAUGAGAAUUCGGAGAAGGAAAGUGAUGGGGAAGAUGAAAUUGAUGAUAAGGAAGGGGUGGAUGUUGAAGGAGAAAAUAAUGGGGAGACUGGAGGAGAAGUGGGUGUGGAAGGACAAGAAAAUAGGGAGAACAUUGAAGAUACUGAAAAUGCUGAAUCGAAAAAAGUUGGGAAGGUGAAGAAGAAGUUAGGACCUGUAUUUGAGUCGAAUGUGCAAUAUACAUGGAAAAUGUGUAGUGUUAGAAGUAAAUACAAUUAUAUGCCGUGCACCGACGUAGAGAGUUCUGCUGGGAAGUUGCAAAUUUAUAGGCAUCAUGAGAGGAGUUGCCCAAGAACGCCUCCAAUGUGUUUGGUUCCACUUCCUCCAGAGGGGUAUAAUACACCAGUACCUUGGCCUGAUAGCAAAUCGAAGAUAUUUUACGGGAAUGUGGAACACCCAAAACUUGCUUCAUUCAUCAAAACUCAAACUUGGCUCAUGCAGUCGGAAGAAUAUCUUACCUUCCCUUCAAACCAAUCUGAGUGGAAGGGUGGAGUUCUUCACUACCUUGAUUUCAUUGAAGAGAUGGUACCAGAUAUAGAAUGGGGAAAGAACAUUCGCAUAGUACUAGACCUUGGAUGUAUGGAUUCAAGCUUUGGGGCUACUCUACUUGACAAAGAGGUAUUGGCAUUAUCACUAGGGUUGAAGGAUGACUUGACAGAUCUUGCACAAAUUGCACUUGAGCGAGGUUUUCCUGCAGUUGUGAGCCAUUUUGGAACAAGAAGGCUUCCUUUUCCAAGCGGUGUAUUUGAUGUUAUACAUUGUGGGGAAUGCAGCAUACCCUGGCAUUCUAAUGGUGGGCGGCUACUUCUAGAAAUUAAUAGAAUACUGCGGCCUGGAGGAUACUUUAUUUUGUCGAAGAAACAUGACAACAUUGAAGACGAAGCAAAGAUGCUGGAUUUGACCGCAUCGAUCUGUUUUAAUAUCCUUGCUCAUAAAACUGAUGAAGUCAGUGAUUUGGGCGUUAAAGUAUAUCAGAAACCGGAUAAUAAUGCCAUAUAUGAGUUGAGAAGGAAAAAACACCCUCCCCUCUGCAAGGAAAAUGAGAAGCCAGAUGCAGCCUGGUAUGUUCCAAUGAAAACUUGCUUACACACCAUCCCAGCUUCCAUUGAGCAAAGGGGAACUGAAUGGCCCGAGGAAUGGCCUAAGAGGCUUGAAACCUUUCCCGAAUGGUUGGGCAACACCGGAAAGUUGGCUGCAGACACAGAGCACUGGAAAGCUGUUGUUGAGAAGUCGUAUCUUGUUGGGUUGGGAAUCAAUUGGUCAAAUGUCCGGAACAUAAUGGACAUGAAAGCUAUUUAUGGAGGAUUUGCAGCUGCCCUUGCACAAAAAAACGUGUGGGUGAUGAAUGUUGUCCCUGUCAAUGCUCCUGACACACUUCCUGUGAUAUACGAACGGGGGCUUUUGGGUGUAUACCAUGAUUGGUGCGAGUCAUUUGGGAGUUAUCCAAGAAGCUAUGACCUUUUGCAUGCUGAUCAUCUCUUCUCACGUCUUAAGAACAGGUGUAAGCAACCUGCGGGGAUCGUGGUUGAAAUGGAUCGACUAUUAAGACCCGGAGGUUGGGUAAUUAUAAGAGACAAGUCAGAGAUUCUGGAACCAUUGGAGGCAAUCUUAAAAAGUCUUCACUGGGAGAUGGUAAUGACAUUCACCCAAGAUAAGGAGGGUAUAAUCUGCGCACGGAAAACCACAUGGCGACCUUCUUAAACUUUCAUGUAAAUGAAGAAGUAUCAUUGAGCUUGCCACAUCAAAUUUCUACAUUAAUUGAAGGGGGAGAAGUAUUAGAGCUUGUGUUUCCCGCGGAACUUCGAUCAAACUACAGUAACUGAGGUAGAUAUGUUGUUUUCAUAGUAAAUUGUAGGAAACGCUGUAAUCUUUUACUUCCCAUUCUCACACUCAUGAGAAAUAUAUGAACAGCUUUCCUUUUCACAUCAAUGAAAAUCAUUUUUUCCACUA